CAUCUGUCAGUAUCCCCCGUGCACUCGGUGGGGUUCGGUAAUAGUCGGAGUGUAUUUGGCCGGUUCGUAUCGUCGAGCCGACGGCGAGCACAGUAGAUCGUCGACCGACAACCCCUUCGCGUACGAUCAUGUCUUGCCACGGCUGAUCAAGAACACCCCCUUUUUUUUCUUCGUCGUUUUUUUUGUCUGUCUGUCUCGACUAGUACCUCGCUAUACAAACAGUGUCAGAAAGCUCGGGCAUAGAACGUCUCGCACCUGCAGACACGUAUCGACGUUUCGCGGCCAGCAGUGUGUGAACACGUCAGGCUACUAAGCCGCGUUUAUUAUCUCGCUCUCCCUCCGCAUAAGCCUCCCUCUCUUCAACCCUCUUUACCUCUUUCACGUUCUCUCUCACUCCCUCAUUUUCGUUUCUCUGCCCGUGAACGAGAACAUGGAUGAGGCCAACGGGAAAAUGCGGAGCAAGCACGAGGACGUGGUGGAUGCUGCGUCCCUCAGUGCUGACAUCCUGAACCCUUUUGUGCAUCGUCUCGAGCUCGACACAACCUACGACAAGCUCAAGACGGCAUUCCUGACGGUAGCAUUACUGCCAUUCAGACUGGCCGCGAUUACGGCUCUGGUGAUCAUGGCCUGGCUCCUGGCUUGUCUAGGUCUUCUUGGAUUGUCCGAGGAAGAUCUUCGUCGCGCGCCUCUCACAGGGUGGAGACGAGAUAUGAGAAUUAUAAUCUGCUGGAUGAUGCGAGCGUUGUUCAUCUGCGGGGGAUUCCAUCAUCUGAAGGUCAAAGGUCGUAAAGCUGAAACUAAGGAUGCCCCCGUGUUAGCCCUAGCCCCGCAUUCAAGCUUCUUCGACGCACUUCCGGUUGUUUACCUCGGCGGGCCGAGCAUCGUCGCCAAGGCAGAGAUCGGACGUAUUCCUUUUUUCGGAAAGCUUAUCAACUAUACACAACCAGUCUACGUUUGGAGGGAGGAUCCGAACUCGCGACAAAAUACAAUCAAGGAAAUUAUCGAAAGGGCUACUUCGAAAGAGGACUGGCCACAGGUGAUGAUUUUCCCCGAAGGUACUUGUACGAAUCGAUCGUGCCUCAUUACAUUCAAGUCAGGUGCAUUUUAUCCUGGUGUUCCUGUUCAGCCUGUCUGCAUCAGAUACCCUAACAAAUUGGACACUGUAACGUGGACGUGGGAAGGUCCUGGAGCAUUGAAGUUACUGUGGCUCACGUUAACACAACUGAACAGCAGCUGCGAGAUAGAGUUCCUCCCUGUUUACAAGCCAAGCGAAGCGGAGAAAACAGAUCCUAAGCUUUACGCAAGUAACGUGCGACGACUUAUGGCGGAGGCAUUGCAAAUCCCCGUGUCGGAUUACACGUACGACGAUUGUCGAAUUAUUAGCAGAGCUCAUCAAUUAAACAUACCGCGAGCAUCCACCAUAGUGGAAGCCCAUAAACUUCGUAACAAACUCGGUUUGGUGUCGGCCAAGACGGAGGAAGAGUUAGUUCAGAAGAAAACAGAGAGAUUCCGCGAAGAAGUUAAUUUGCAUGAAUUUGCGCAAAUCCUUAGAAUAGAUGAAAAAGAACCAGCUACUCAACAACUCUUUCGAAUACACGAUAGGCAAGGAAAUGGUAAAAUAGAUUUCGAAGAAUAUAUAUUCACGGUGAUGGCUACAGCGAACGCAAACUCGGAGCUGGACAAGGUUGAAACAUCGUUCGAAGUAUGUGGGACGAAGUCGUUAUCUUAUAUCAACAAAGUGGAAUUAAGAAAGGCUUUGAAACUCUCGUUAAAUAUGCCGGUGGAGGAGUCUGAUAAAAUUUUCGAGAAUGCAAAGAUCGACUUUGCUGAUACGACAGUAAACUUUGAAUUCGUAUUAGCAGCAUUAGCAGCAAGGGCGGAGUACUCGCAUAUAUUUGCUGGUAACACCGAGACGAGGAAAAAAAAUAUUUGAGAAUAUUUCAUCAACUCGUUCCAUGCUCAUCGAAGAUACAGAACGCAUCGUGUCUGUGGCAGGCCGCUUCUCAAUCAAACAUGCGCCAGUCCUGUAUAAAUUUGUUCCAUUCUUGCUGAUAUCAUUACCCUCUCAACGAAAUAGAUAGCCAUUUUUAUUUAAUAUUAUUAAUCGUUGACGAAGCAAGAAAUGUCAUCUUCAUGAGAGAUAAAACAGCGAAGUACGCGGAACGAGAAGAUUGUAUAGCAAUUAUUAGAUUGUCGUGUUAAAACGAGUCUGGCGUUUGCGCCAGACUUUUUACUCUUUUGUUAAAUAGGAGAACUUUUCUCGUGAGGAACGAAGUCAAUUUUCAAGAGGAACGUUAAAGCCCAAGGGUCCGA